AUGGGUUUCCAAAUCACCGGCAGGUCAUUUGACGAAAUGCAACAGAGUGCCAUAGACAUGCUGCUGGAAAGUUCUUCAGAAACGUCUGCCGCCAGAAAAGAGAUAUCCGGCGACAAAGGCAGCAGCGCUGCCGGCUUCGGCGGCAUCGUAGUUGGCACGGAGAUGCGUCGCGGCGAUUCUAAGUCUGCUGAGCAGGUCCAUUCGCCGAUUACAGAAGAAGAGGAGGCGGAGUGCGAGAAGUCGAUCGAUACCACCAGGUAUUCCGGUCAACAGGCGGAAGCAGAUUCCGGCGGCACAAAUGUAAACGCAUGCGCUUCUACCGCCACCGCAGCAGAGUCUAAUGAGGGCCGAAAGCUGUGUGAAUAUUUCAACCAGCAGCAAAAGGACUCGGCGCAAAAACGACCACCUGAAAUGACCGGCGGCAAAGACGCUCCACAGCAUGCGAUCACCUACCAGCUCAUGCACAUGAGUUAUUAUGCGGACGACAAAGCCGUGACGGCGGCAGGCAACGCGUCCAACGUGUCGCCCGUCAAGCUGCGAGCGAAGUCGUGGAAAUCGAAACUGGACGCUGCCUCGAAUGGUUCUGAUGCCGCUUUGAGGGUCACUCGCUGUUGCAGCACCGACAUAGAAAAAAUUGCAGACAGGAGAUGCUCCGUUGUCAAAACGAAGGCAAGUUGA